GUAUUGUGAUUCCCAGGAAUGGGAUAUUGAUGCGACCAAAGAGAGUGCUCCUAAUGCUGCGACUGUGAAGUAUACAGAUUUUUUGCUGGCCACAGCCUCAGGAAAGGUUGAAGGAGUGAAAGCCCCUGGUAAACUAGCAACACCUUUUGAGAAAACGAAAUUGGCUGCUUAUACUCUCGGUGCUAUGACACCCUGCAUGAGGCUUUAUGCCUUUCUAGGUGAGGAGGUGCAGGCACUUCUUGAUCCCAGUGAAGGCCCUCAUCCCUAUCAGAAAUGGAUCAGCAAUUAUUCCUCUGAAGCUUUUCAGGCUGUGACUCUGCAAACUGAGGACUUGCUGGAAAAACUAAGUGUGUCUUUGACAGGCGAAGAGCUUGAUACCAUUGAAAAGCUCUACCAUCAAGCUAUGAAACUUGAAAUAGAGUUCUUCUUAGCUCAGCCACUUGCCCAGAAAACUGUUGUUCCUCUCUUGACAGAGCAUAAUCCAGCAGAACAUUGUCUAAUUUUGUUUUCCGAUUUUGAUUUGACAUGCACUAUUGUAGAUUCAUCUGCCAUUUUGGCUGAAAUUGCAAUUAUAAUGGCCCCAAAAUCAGAUCAAAAUCUUUCAGAAAAUCAAAUUGCUCGGAUGUCUUCAGCUGAUUUGAGAAGCACUUGGGGAGAACUCUCCAAGCAGUACACUGAAGAGUAUGAACAUUGUAUAGAGGGCAUCUUGCUUUCUGAUAAAGCGGAACAAUUCAAUUACGAAGGUCUGCAUAAAGCUCUUGAGCAACUUUCAGAGUUUGAGAAAAGAGCAAACUUGAGGGUGAUAGAUUCUGGGGUACUUAAAGGUCUGAAUGUUGAAGACAUAAAACGAGCUGGGGAACGCCUGCUUUUCCAAGAUGGCUGCACUAGUUUCUUCCGAAGUGUCACGAGGAAUGAAAAGUUGAACACAGACAUCCAUGUUCUUUCUUAUUGUUGGUGUGGUGAUCUCAUUAGGUCUGCCUUUUCAUCUGGUGGUUUAGACAGUCUGAAUGUACAUGCAAACGAGUUUAUCUACAAAGAAUCUUCCUCUACUGGUGAAAUUGUUAAGCAGGUCGAGUCUCCCAUUGACAAAGUUGAAGCAUUUACUAAUAUCCUGCAGAACUGCGACAAGGACAAAAAGACUCUGACGGUGUAUAUUGGAGAUUCAGUGGGUGACUUGCUUUGCUUGCUUAAGGCAGAUGUUGGCAUUGUAAUAGGUUCAAGUUCAAGUCUGAGACGGGUGGGAAGUCAUUUUGGUGUUUCUUUUGUUCCUUUGUUCCCUGGUGUGGUCAAGAAACAGAAACAUGAUGUCAACAAUGGCUCACCUAGUUGGAAGGGUCUAUCUGGAGUACUUUACACUGUCUCAAGCUGGACAGAGAUUCAUGCGUUUAUUCAGGGUUCAUAAGACUUGCACUUAUGUACGGAUUUCAUGACAAUUUAGAUGAAGAAAUGUCAAUAUAAUAGGAUACAUACAUACAAGCUUGGUGGUGUUUUUGUGAGCCACAGAUCAGCUUUGUUCUUCCCUUGAUUUUUAUUACAGGGUCUACAGUGGGGAAUUUAAAUGUGAUUCUUUUGGCUGAUAUUCCAUAUUUCCAAUCUGCAGAGGUUUUGAGAUUUCCCGUUGCUGCUCUGAUGAAGAUGAGUUACUUUAGUGUCAUUGGAUUCAAGUGUAAAAAAUACUUUUUUUGUACUUCGCUGUUUGAAUUUUGGAUUGGAUGGAAUUAUGGUUGAUGCAUUGAAUGGUCAUUGUACGGAUUCUCUCGAUUGCUCUUUAUAUUGGGAGAGAAGCUUCGGAAAACUUUUCUAAAUUUAGCAGCUCUCUUCGUAUAAGAUACUAGUGAUCUUAUCUUUUGUGCCAAAGUAGUAGAUCUUACUGCUGCUGCUUGUUAUCACCUAAUUUCUGUGAUCUAUCUGAACUGCUUUCUGGAAA